CUGGGCUACGCCACGACAGCCAAAAACAUAGGCAUCCCGGCGUUGGUGGAAAGCCUCCAAGGCCGCAGACGCGUCAAACAGAUCGCGUGCGGCGCAUCCUCAACCUACCAGCUUCUCGAGAACGGCGAGUGCUACGCAUGGGGUGUUUUACCGGGUGCGCUGGUGCAUUCGACGACGUCGCGCCAGAUCCCGCAGUUGACUGGUAAAGUGGCCAAACACAUCUCGUGUUCUUCAUCCCCCGCCAUGUACAGCACUGUCGUCCUCGACAACGGCGAAUGUCUGCUCUCUCAGUUGCCGUCGGACAAGUGGGGUUCGGCCAGGCAGGUGGUCGCCACGGGCACUCACUUUCUGGCGCUGCUCGAGGACGGCUGGGUCGUGCAGCGGGACCACAGGCUCGGCGGCCUUCCCAGCACCGAGCACCAGGUCCUCCCGCCACACCACUCCAUCAUCGCCAUUGCCGCCAACGAACUCUACAGCGCUGCGCUCUCGGACACGGGCGAGCUUUACACGUGGGGCAUAGGGCCGCUGGGGCACAAGGGAGCGAGCAAUCCGAUCAAGCCCAAGCCUGAGAAGGUGCUUGGCGCGCUCGAGAACAAGCGCGUCAUCUCCGUGGCCUGCGGGCGGGAACACAUGGCCUGCGUCACUGACGCGGGUGAACUCUACACUUGGGGCUCUGCGACGCGCAACCAGCUCGGGCACGGGGAGGUGGGCGCUAAGCUGGCGGAGCCGCAGCGGGUGCAGGCCCUGGCCGGCAAGAAGAUCGUGGCGUGCAGCUGCGGCGACUACUUCUCCGCGUGCGUCUCCGACACCGGCGUGCUCUACACCUGGGGCGACGGCUCGACCGGUGCGCUGGGACACGGUGAGAUGACGAACGAGCCCUCGCCGCGGCUGGUGGAGGCCUUCAAGAACAAGACAGUGAAGAGCGUGGUGUGCGGCGCCUGCCAUACGGUGUGCAUCGUGCUGGCGGGCAUCAAUCAGAACCAGUCCCUGCUCAUGGCCGACCUCGGGCGCAUAUGCGAGGCCGAGGAGCUGAAAGGCGGACACACUUUGGGUGCGUACCAUCGCAUGUUGUGU